CGGAGAGGAAAAGGGGCGGCAGCAGUCGUUCAAGGAACCUGGGACCAGGGCGGGGCUGGGACCCAGCGCCCGCCGCGUCGAGGGCGCGCCCCGCCUCCGGGCGGCAGGCUCGCGCUUCCGAGUUUCUAUGGUAUCGACUUCCGCCGCGCGCCACUCCUCGCGAGACUUCGGCGGCGCAGCAAUGGCGAGACAUGCCGCGUCACUGCUCCGCCGCCGGCUGCUGCACACGGGACACACGCGAAACACGCAACCGCGGGAUCUCCUUCCACAGACUUCCCAAGAAAGACAACCCAAGGCGAGGCUUGUGGCUGGCCAAUUGCCAGCGGCUGGACCCCAGCGGCCAGGGCCUGUGGGACCCAGCUUCUGAGUACAUCUACUUCUGCUCCAAACACUUCGAAGACAACUGCUUUGAACUAGUGGGCAUCAGUGGGUAUCACAGACUGAAGGAAGGGGCAGUUCCCACAAUAUUUGAGUCUUUCUCCAAGUUACAUCGGACAGCCAAGACCAAGGGGCACAGUUACCCAGCUGGCCCCCCCAACAUCAGUCGGCUCCAGCGAGGCAGGAAGCGCUGCACUGAGGGCCCAGGGCCCAUGACUCCAUUUUCUCCACCCCCUCCUGCUGAUGUUACCUGCUUUCCUGUGGAAGAGGCCUCCGCACCUGCCGCUUUGCCUGCCUCCCCUGCUGGAAGACUGGAACCUGGCCUCAGCAGCCCCUUCUCAGACCUCCUUGGGCCCCUGGGUGCCCAGGCAGAUGAAGCAGGCUGCAGUGCCCAGCCCUUGCCAGAGCGGGAGCCAGAGAGGCAACCAGUUCCUCUGGAACCUCGGCCGGUCUCACCCUCCGCUUACAUGCUGCGCCUGCCACCACCUGCCGGAGCCUACAUCCAAAAUGAGCACAGCUACCAGGUGGGCAGUGCCCUGCUCUGGAAGCGGCGGGCUGAGGCUGCACUUGAUGCCUUGGACAAGGCCCAGCGCCAACUACAGGCCUGCAAGCGGCGAGAGCAACGGCUAAGGCUGCGGCUGACUAAGCUGCAGCAGGAGCGAGCUCGGGAGAAGCGGGCGCAGGCAGAUGCCCGCCAGACUCUGAAGGAGCAUGUACAGGACUUUGCCAUGCAGCUCAGCAGCAGCAUGGCCUAAGUGAGGAGGUGCCUAUCAGGACUGUCGCCGCCUCUACCCUCAGAAUCCAUCUGAAAAGGGACCUGACCUAAGAUGCAUCACCAGAUCCACCAGAUGCCAUAAUAAAGUGGAUUCUAGAAGGAGCCCUGAUAAUCUGACU